AUGCUGAACACACUCGGACUGAAGCCUAUAAAGUCCAGACAAGAAGGGGAACAUUUGACGUGUGUUUGUUUCACCCAAACGUUUGUUGAAAGAAGGAAAAGCAGGAGAUCCCGGGUCAUCAGGAGGGCAGUCACAUCCAUUCCUCUCAGACUCAGGGACAGCACUCACUCGCCUCACUCGUGCCUCAGCCUCGGUUUGGGAUGUCUGAGGGCGACGUCACCCUGCUGCCCUUUGGCCCCGGGACUCCGGACGUGUCCAGGCAAGAGCAGCGCACGCUGACCCGGCUCUACAGCCAGAACGGAGGGUAUCACCUGAGGAUCUUACCGGACGGGACCGUGACCGGCGGGAGGCAGGAAAACGACACAUACGACAUCCUGAGGCUGAAGGCUGUGAGCGUGGGAGUGGUGGUCAUCAGAGGAGAAGUGACAGGAAGGUUCUUGGCCAUGAACAGAAAAGGACGGCUCUACGGAUCACAAGCGCUGAACGAUGAGUGCUACUUCCUGGAGAAGUACGAGGAGAACCACUACAACACAUAUCGCUCUCAGAAAUACAGAUGGUACGUGGCUUUGAAGAGGAACGGCCAGCCUAAAGCGGGACCCGACACCCACCAGGGUCAGAAGGCCGUAUUCUUCCUGCCCAGGUCUGCAGGCGUUUGAACACACUUAUUAGUCUGAGCAGUGUUGUGCUGGAGGAAGGUUUGUAAAGGUUAUGUAAAAUCAGUCCAUGUUAGUAAAACCUGAGGCAAAGUUAAAAAAAAAAGGUCCAGCUUUAUAUAAGUGCUGACAAUCUAAUGUUUGAUCAUAUGAGCUGGGAUUGCUCUCAGUUUAUAAUUACACUCUUUAAACAGCACCAAACAAAUAUAUCAAGCGUCGGUGGUUGUCCUGGUAGGUAAUUGAGUGUCUUCUUUGAGCCUUGGUUUGAAAUGCCACUGCUGGGAGAACGAAAUGUGCAAAACACGAAAAUAGCUGGGGACAGAUGAUGUCUGGAGUGGAGAGAAACAACAAAGCAUCGAAAACCAAACUGAAUCCAGUGUCUGCACAAGCUAUUCUUCAACAGCGUGGCUUUUCUGGGGCGUCUGAGAAGCUGCUACUGUACAAGCUGGAACGACACCUUCUCCUGGGACUACCACACAAUAUUAGUACAGGGUUAAAACCCAAAACUUUCCAGAGCUGGUAUAGUGUCACUAUUGUACUGCAAUGCAGAGGUGUCAAGUAACAAAGUACAAAUACUUCGUUACCUUACUUAAGUAGAAAUGUUGGUUAUCUAUACUUCACUGGAGUAAUUAUUUUUCAGACGACUUUUUACUUUUACUCCUUACAUUUUCACGCAAUUAUCUGUACUUUUUACUCCUUACAUUUUAAAAACAGCCUCGUUACUCUAUUUUAUUUCGGCCUUUAAAAUAAAAGCUAUCCAGUUAAAUUGCUCCAUCCGGAUAGAGUGAAUUUGGUUGUGGUUGUUUCAGAUGUUCUUGUCCAGUUUUGUUCUUACAUCCGUUCCCUCAGAUUCCUGCAACUAAACUUGGAUGUACAUUCCAAUAAAGGUUAGGAUAAAUGAUAACGUGCCUCUGAAGUUUGACUUUUUGCACCAUUACAAUACUUAUAGGCAACUAGUCAUCAUAUCUGCUGCUCUCUGAAACACAUGUUAAUGCUCAAUAGUACACAGAUAUGCUUCUUUAAUAUAUUUGCAUUAUACUAAGAUGCAUUCAUUUUCAAUGGCUAAGUAGUUUUGAAACCAGUACUUUUAUACUUUUACUUGAGUAAAAAACUUGAGUUGAUACUUCAACUUCUACAGGAGUAUUUUUAAACUCUAGUAUCUAUACUUCUACCUGAGUAAUGAAUGUGAAUACUGAAGACACCUCUGCUGCAAUGCUUGAGAACGAUUGUUUAUGGUGACGUUGGAAUAUAAUUAUUGAUCAUAAUUAUAUUGGGUUGAUGUGAAUCUGUUGUGAAGUUUCAAUUCUACAGUCCGUGUUGUUAUAAUAUAUAUGUUAUAUAUAUGUUAUAAUCUGGGUGUGUGUUCACAUAGGUGAGAAACUACUGUGAGGACGUACUGAAAGUGAUUUGAUUGUGGUUGUGAGUAAGUAGUGCUGGAUCAAAUGGACCAUUCUCUCUCAACUGUUGCACAGCAGUUUCUGUAAAACUGCAAAAUAGUAUGUUACUGUAACAUUAUAAUAUGAAUAUUGUGAAUAUUUAUUAAGUUUUUCAUCUAAAAAUAAUCAUUUUACUCAACACUGAAACACGCUUUCUUAAGAUAAUUUAUGCAUAUAGUAAAGCAGGAAAAAGGUAACUUGAUCACCUUUUCACAAGUAAUACAUAUUGUAUUAAAUGUAUUUAGAUAUGUCUUAUAUGUCUGUAUUAUAAAUGAAACCUAAAUAAAUGGU